AACAAUUAAUGUAAAUUUUCUAGCAUUUAGCUAAUUUGUGUACUUUUCUUUUCUUCAAAAUUUUCUUGUUUAACACUCACGUGCAUCUGUUAUGGGUGAGCUAAAACUCAAAGGCCUUGGCUGAUCAAGUAUCCAUUAUAAUGGCGCGUACGAACAUCGACGUUGACUUGCAAUCGCUCUCCUCGGAGCAGCGUCAGUUGAAUGCCAUUGCAAGCAUUGAGGACAUCUAUAAGACCUAUAAGAGCGACUAUGUUGUGCAAUCAGCCAGUUCCACUACACUUAAGAAAGCCGAGCUAACGCAGGAUUAUAAGGAUAACGCUAGCCAGUUAUCAGACACGCAAACACUCCAGUCCGAAACUAAUUAUGAGGAGCUCUGUUCCACGAGCAGCACUUUGCAGUUGGAGGAACAGCAAAAGUUCAAGGAACCACAACAGAAAAUGGAAAACAAUGGAGAAACUUCUGUGCCCGAGCACUUAGCCGGCAAUUUCUGCAACUUUCGCAUUGCUUCCGGUCAGGGACCCGACAAACAAAACACUAAUGACGCCAGUCCCGAGGAAUAUCAGUGUAAUAACAAUUGCUGCAAGUGUGAACAAAUGCAAAUGCCAAAUGCUAAAAACAAUGUGCGUUUUGCUGAUAACUGCAAUCAGGGCAGCAGCAGCAGCAACAACAACAGCAAUUGCAGCAGCAACAGCAACAUGUAUCCAAUGGAUGCAACACAGUAUUACCAACAGCUACAAAUGCAAGGCUUAAAUGCAAACAACUAUGACUACUUUGGCUAUGGGAUGGCACCACCAGGAGCCGAGUCUGCAUACCCCUGUCAAUAUCCGCAAAUGCAGCAACAGCAGCAGCAACAGCAGCAGCAAGAUUAUCGCAACUAUGCGCCCUCAUAUCAGAUGCCAAACACAAACUUUGAGAACUGCAUGUCCAAUGGCAGCUAUGCUCCAGCUUCAUUGCAGGCGGGUCAGCAGUGCUCCAACGAGGAAAUCAGUUCACAAUGCAGCGAGCAGGCGGCAGCUCAGUGCUGUUGCAACAAUUCGCAGCACAGUGAGCUGAGCCAGCAAAAGUCGGACUCAAGUGAGGCGCACUCAAUGCACGAGGUUAACAGUCAGCGUGGCUUUGAAAUGCCCGAGGGAGCAGAUUGCAUAAGUCAUAUGCUACCCAAUCCAUUGACGGAAAUGACACAAAUGAGCAGACCCAUCAAUAUGGGAAUGGGAAUGGGAAUGGGCAGUUGCAGCUGCAGCUUUGAGCCAACUCAAGCCAACAUGGGCAGCUGCAUGAGCUGCGCAGCACCACAACAAGGCGCUGCUGCCAAUUGCCUAGACAUAGAAGCCUUUAUGCUGCAGCAACAGCAACAGCAGCAACCACAACAGCAGCAGCAGCAACAUUGUUACUCCAAUCCAAUAACAGUUCCAAGUCAAAUGCAAAGCCAAGGAAUGCCCUGCAACUUGCAAAUGCCUGGAAACUAUGCUCCCGCCAGCGGAAUGGCGCCCGUACCCGUUCCUAGCUGCUUUAUGCCCAUGACCAUGCCCACUCCUUGUGGCAUGCCUUGCUGUAAUCCCAAUCAGGGCGCCGCCAAUGACAAGCUUGCAAACUCAAACGGUUUACACCACCGAUUAUCGUCCUUUCAACAGCGGUGGCAAUAAUUUUAAUCACUUUCCCAAUGCUGGUGCGAGCGGCGGUGGUGGCUGCAUGGAUGCAGCAGCUAUUUGCGGCUGUGGACCGAUGGGUGGUGGCUCAGCGCAGCAAGCAAACUGCUACAGCUACGAUAUGCCUUGUUGCAUGCCACAAAUGUGUUGUGCGCCACCUUGUUACUCCAUGCCCAUGAACUGCUGUCAGCAGCCUUGCUAUAUGCCCUGCUCCAUGCCUUGUGAGAUGCCAGUUGCGCCGCCUGCACAAUGUGGGGGCGGUCUGGGAGGCAUGGGCGUGCCGCUCUGCAUGUCUCAGACCACUAGCUGCAAUUUAAAUCAAUGCGAAGGCAACUAAAUGCAGCUCAAAGUAUAAAGAAACGUAAAAGAUAUUAAUAGUAUUAACAAAUAUUUAAUAAACAGAACAAUUGCAUAG